AUGCCGCCUAAUCCACCUGAAGAAUUUUUACCUGGAGCUACUACAGCUUAUGACCCUGGAAUGAUUGAAAGUUCUACCACUACACCAAUUUAUUCACCAAAACGUAAACAUUCUAAAAGACGCUCCACAAAUUCAAACUCUUACAAACUAUUUGAUUCAAUUACCACAAAUGAAAUUAAUAACGGUAACAACAGUAAUACUAUUACCCUUAUUAAUAAUCAUAACAACAACAUAAAUAUAACGAAGAUGAGUUCUUCAAUACUUGCAAAUGGAGCUACAAAUAAUUUAAACAAUAAUAGUAGUAGUACAAGAGUAGAGGCUGAAUAUGUAAUACCUGCUUAUCCAUCAAAACAAGUUCCAACUAGAAAAAGAUCUUUCUCAAUACAAGAUUCCUCAUCAAUCUCUUCACUAUCGUCGCCAUUAACAAUAAGUCCAAUGCAAAUUAAUGCUAAUUCCAAUAUCAAUGUCGUUGACCCGAUUUUACCACAUCAAAAAUAUGAAUUAGGAACUAGUAUAAAUGUUAGAUAUGCAAUAACCAACAAUAUCGGAAAGCAAAUUCUCAAUCAAUUCAAUUAUCCUUUGACACUGACCUGGGUACAGUUUGGAUUCGUUGCAUUUUAUUGUUAUUUAUUUGGAAAUGGUCUUGGAUUCACUAAAUUAGAAUAUCCAAGUCGUCAAAUACUAAACAAGACUUUACCUUUAAGCUUAUUCUCAAUAACCGGACAUGUAUUUUCAAGUUAUGCCACAAGUAAAGUUCCUGUUAGCUUUGUACAUACUAUAAAGGCGCUUUCACCUUUAUUUACAGUGUUCUUUUAUAAGUUUGGUUUCAAAGUUAAUUACUCAUCAAAAGUUUAUAUAUCAUUAUUACCUCUUACAAUUGGAGUGAUGCUUGCCUGUUCCUCUUCUACAACUUCUAAUUUUAUCGGGUUUCUUUUUGCAUUAGGCUCAACAGUUAUAUUCGUAGCUCAAAAUAUUUUUUCCAAAAAAAUUCUUUUCAAUAAUAAUUUAGUUGGCUUAAAAAGUCACAAAUUAGAUGAAUUAAACGUAUCAUUUUAUUCGAGUUUACUAGCUUUCGUAUUGAUGUAUCCUAUGUGGUUAUAUUACGAAGGUUCAACUUUAAUGUUUAAUUAUUGGUGGUCGGAGCCGUCUCUUUCCUCCUCGUCACCGUCAUCAUCAUUACCAUCAAAUGGUUGGAUAAUAAUCUUUUAUUUUUGGCUUAAUGGUUCAUCUCAUUUUGCUCAAAAUAUUUUGGCUUUGUCAAUCUUAUCAACAACCUCACCUGUAACUUAUUCAAUUGCAUCUUUGGUUAAAAGAAUAUUUGUAAUAACUGCAAGCAUUGUAUGGUUUGGUCAAAAGACUUCUCUUAUACAAGGCAUAGGAAUAACUUUAACAUUUUGGGGUUUAUACAUGUAUAAUCAAGCAAAAAAAGAUGUAGAAAGAAAUGAAAGAAAAACCAAUGACUCGAACAACGGUGUAUUAACAAUUAAUUAUCCAAAACUCAUACAAGUCAUAGUAAUGCUUAAUGUGGUUAUUUUGAUAGCAAUUAAAUUUGUACAAACCGGCAAAAAAAUUUUAUAA